AUGGCUAAAAAAUUGACAGCAAAAAUUGGACCAUCAAUAUUGAACGCAGAUUUAUCAAUUCUGUACGAAGAGUCAGCAAAGUUAGUGACAAAUGGAGCGGACUACUUGCACUUGGACGUAAUGGACGGUAAUUUUGUCCCCAACAUGACCUUCGGCCACCCUGUUGUGAAAUGCUUGCGCAGGAAAAUCAAGGACGUAGUCUUCGAGACCCACAUGAUGGUGACGAAACCUGAUCAGUGGAUUGAACCGAUGGCUGAUGCGGGAGUUGACCGGUACGUUUUUCAUGUUGAGUCAGCUGAUGAUGUCAAGGUUGUUUGUAGAAAAAUUAAAGAAGCUGGCAUGAAGGUCGGAGUGGCUCUGAAACCUGGAACUCCGGUGGAUGUAGUAAUAGAGUAUGUUGACCUGGCAGACAUGGUGCUGGUGAUGACAGUUGAGCCUGGGUUUGGCGGGCAGAAGUUUAUGGAGAGCCAGAUGACCAAGGUCAAGUGGCUCAGGGAAAAUUAUCCUGAUCUGGAUAUUGAAGGUACCAUUUUCUUCCUCAUCUCCGCAAGACUGAUCAGAAUCGCCUCCUCGGUCCUAAUCGUCCUAGACCCUUGCCUCGGACAAGUAUUAACAUACUCUCCAAAAAGCAGCUUGGGAUCCUCCAAAUCCAGCUUUGGAUCAGCUUCAAGCGCCGCUUCAAGUCCAGCGAGUCCUCCGAAGACGAUCAAGCCUCUCCUGUAAACCAGCGCUCCAUCAUCCAGGUGAUCCACACUUUUUCCUUUAUCCGAAGUACCUACAAUAACAUCAUAGCCUUCCUUAUAGGGGCACUUUUCAAUAAUCUCCGACAAGCUCCUAGCAAUUCUCACAGAGUAUCCCCAGUAAAUUCCAUUUUCCUUGGGAGUCCUGGGACUAACAACCUGGCCCUUGAUCUUUUUGCCUUCAAUCCCUUCCGGGAUCCUAACAGUGACCCUAAGGUUAGGACUAAUUGUCUUAUCAAUCUCAACGUCCCUUAACAAUCCGCAAUUAACUUGGGAGCCUCUUCCAGGCUUCAGCGGCUUGUCUACCACAACGCCCUCUCUGAACUGGCAAUAGUCGUUCUGCCUAAGAUGGUGCGGAGCAUCCAAAGGGUUCAACAAUCCUGCAAAUUGCAGAUCUUUGUGAAUUGGGAAGAAGUACUUCCUCAAGUACUGGGGACACUCCAAGUACUGAAGAAUCCUUGCUAAUUGUAGGCAAGCUCUUCUAUAAGCCAAAUUAGCACUAGACCCUUCCCCUUCCCCCUCGGUCUGCCAGGUGGUCUCCACCUUGACCUUCUUAGAGUGUCUUUCCAAUUCCGUGAUCUCACCCUGGUCGUCAAAGACCACCACUUCAUCUACCUGGUAAACGCAAGCCGCUCUUGCGAUUUGCCCAGCUAGGUAAGUCCGCAAUUCUUGGGACUGCGCGUUGUCUAAUAUAGACCCAGGAACUGCGAUUGAUAAAGUUGGAACCACUUUCUUAACCACCUCGGGUGCAGGAUUAGACUCUAAUUCUGGUGGAGAAGAAUUGGUCGGCUUAGAAGUGGCCAUUUUCUUCAUCAAACGCUCCUCGCGCCAUUUUCGACGGUUUUCUUUAUGAAUCUUGUUGUGCUCUUUGAAAUUCUU